UCUAGUCUAGUCCUGUCUGCUUGAGUUCGGAUCUGAUCAUAUCUUAAAUCAUCUGCAGCGGAUCGUGUUCAAAGCUCUUUCACAGUCUCGCGGUCGGGUGAACUCGGUUCGGGUCGUAAUGCAGCCUUCAUCAUCAGUUUCUUCUAAUAAAGCUCUGUGUGCCAGUGACGUCAGCAAGUGUCUCAUUCAGGAGCUGUGUCAGUGCCGGCCGUCGGAUGGGAACUGCUCGUGCUGUAAGGAGUGUCUGAUGUGUUUGGGUUCUCUGUGGGAGGAGUGCUGCGACUGUGUGGGCAUGUGUAACCCCAAGAACUUGAGCGACACGCCGGCGACGGCUAAGAGCACGGUGGAGGAGCUGCAGCGGCCGAUCCCCUCGCUCUUCAGAGCGCUGACCGACGGAGACGCUCCCAUCAACAUGAUGGUGGUGUCCUUCCCUGCGGCUGAAGAGCUGUCCUAUCAGCAGAACCUGCUGUCCUUCCUGGAGACGCUGGAGGACGCGCACCACAACGUCUCUCUGCCCGGCAACAGCAUCCACGCCAGCUACGACACGCAAGAUGAGCUGUGUACGGUGGUGUACUUGGACGACUGCGUGUCCAUCCGUCAGUGUAAGCAGUACUGCGAGUCGAUGGGGUGAUCGAAGUACCGCUGGUUCCACAACGCUUGCUGCGAGUGCAUCGGCCCCGAGUGCCUCGACUACGGCAGCAAAGCCGUCCGGUGCAUGAACUGCCUGUUCUAGAGCCUCACGGGUCCUCUACAGAUGUUUUUAUUCUUUAGCCAAACACAGAGAUGAGAAAUAUGAGCUUGAUAGAGAGUAGAUGCGAGUCUGAGCUCGUAUGAUAUGCAUAUUGUUCAUAUUCAGCUUUUAUUAAGAGUCCAAGUCUUUAUUACAGUUUUUGCCUAUUGCUUACACACGUUUUGCUAAAUUUGGCUCAUUGUGUCAAAACUCUACACACAAGCAAAUAACACACAACACUGGGAAAUAAACCAUUCACAUCUAUGUCAAAUUGAAACUCUGCUAUCAAAACCUAA